UGCCACGGGGGUGGAGGCGAUUAGAAGAUUUCUACGGAACUGCCGUUGGGUCAAACCACUGUUAAACCCUUCGCGAUCAUUCUUCUCGACAUUCUUGCCAUGGCGAGAUAAUGGUGAGAGUCGGACCGCUAUUGAACGCUAAGGGAUAAAAAGCAACUGCGCUUUUCGAUCGCUGUUAAAUUCGUCCAUGAUCGACAGCGGGGGACAGCUUGAUUGCCAGAAGGAGCAGGGACAGAGAAUUGUUCAAGUGACGGCUUCAGUAAGACUGUUGCGAUGCUACGUAGGCAUCUGGAAGAAAAGGGCUUUUCUACCAUGAGAGAUUGCGCGUGAGCCCGGUUUUCUGGCGGAAAACGAGCUCUAUCGACCCAGUCUUUAGUAUUUGUAUCGAGACGAUCUAGUCUUGCUUAUUGCUUUUACCGACAGAGCUAAUGAAGUUUGGGGGAAUGGCAGGUCGAAGUCGAAGAGCCUGGUUUAGUGUUCUGUUGGGACUGGUUGUUGGGUUCACACUGGCUUCCAGGCUGAUUUUACCCAAGGCGAGUGAGUUAAAGAAAGCUGGACAGAAAAGAAAAGCCAACUCUGCCGGGUGUGGGCUUAACGGGGGUCUCGGAAAAGAAUACGGGGGAGUCUUGUGGCCUGAAGUUAACGGUUCACCGCCGACCGAGAAAUCUGCUUCCAGAUCUAACAAUUUCCUAUUUGUUGGUGUCAUGACUGCCCAGAAGUACCUGAACAACCGUGCCGUGGCAGCACACAGGACAUGGGCACAGACAAUUCCAGGUCGUGUGGAGUUCUUCUCCAGUGAGGGAUCUGACACCUCCAUACCGAUCCCGAUAGUGGCUCUGAAGAAUGUAGAUGACUCAUACCCUCCCCAAAAGAAGUCCUUCAUGAUGCUUAAGUACAUGCAUGACUAUUACCUGGAUAAGUAUGAGUGGUUUAUGAGGGCUGAUGAUGAUGUCUACAUCAAGAGUGAGAAGCUCGAGAGCUUCCUGCGCAGCCUCAAUAGUAGUGAGGCCAUCUUUCUGGGCCAAACGGGAAUGGGGGCCCGGGAUGAGCUUGGGAAACUGGCUCUGGAGCCUGGGGAGAACUUCUGUAUGGGUGGGCCAGGCGUCAUCAUGAGCCGUGAAGUUCUUAAGAGGAUGGUACCCCAUAUCAGAGAGUGUUUACAGGAGAUGUACACUACCCAUGAAGAUGUGGAGGUGGGCCGGUGUGUCAGGAGAUUUGCAGGUGUUCAGUGUGUCUGGUCAUAUGAGAUGCAGCAGCUCUUCUAUGAGAAUUAUGAACCAAACAAGAAAGGCUACAUACGAGAUCUCCACAACAGCAAGAUUCAUCGAGCCAUCACACUUCACCCCAACAAGAACCCUCCCUACCAGUAUCGCCUUCACAGCUACAUGCUCAGCCGCAAGAUUGCAGACUUGCGCCACCACACCAUUCAGCUGCACAGGGAGAUUGUCCAGAUGGGGCGCUACGGAGCAGUUGAGCCUGACCGAGAGGACCUCCAGCUCGGCAUGCCCCCUUCGUUCAUGCGCUUCCACCCACAUCAACGAGAGGAAGUUCUGGAGUGGGAGUUUCUGACGGGAAAGUACCUGUUCUCAUCGUCUGACAGUCAGCCACCCCGUCGUGGCAUGGAUUCCUCUCAAAGGCAGGCCCUGGAUGACAUCAUCAUGCAAGUGAUGGAGAUGAUCAACGCCAAUGCCAAAACACGUGGUCGUGUUAUUGAUUUCAAAGAAAUUCAGUAUGGCUACAGGAGGGUCAAUCCCUUGUACGGGGCAGAAUAUGUUCUGGAUCUGCUGCUGUUGUACAAGAAACACAAGGGAAAGACCAUGACAGUUCCUGUAAGGAGACACGCCUACCUGCAGCAGACUUUUAGUAAGAUCCAAUUCAGAGAGGAGGAGGAGAUGGAUGCCAGAGGUCUGGCCAGCCACAUCAACAAGGAAUCAGACUCCCUCUCAUUUCUGUCCAACUCGCUCAAGAUGCUGGUGCCCUUCAAGCUGGCUACCUCUGGUCAGGAUCAGAGGGAGCCCAAAGAAAAGAAGGUUAACAUCUUGGUACCUCUGUCAGGCCGCUAUGACAUCUUUGUGCGCUUCAUGGCUAACUUUGAACGAGUAUGUCUGAUCCCCAACCAAAAUGUUAAACUACUGAUCCUGCUCUUUAGCACAGAUAACAAUACUGAGCGGGUGAAGCAGGUGGAACUUAUGAGGGAGUAUCACAUGAAGUAUCCUCGAGCAGAGAUGGAGAUAAAGCCUGUCACCGGUUCCUUCUCCAGGGCUUUGGCUCUGGAAGUUGGUUCUUUACACUUCUCUAAUGAUUCCCUGCUUUUCUACUGUGAUGUGGAUCUGCUUUUCUCCAGUGAAUUCCUCAAAAGAUGUCGGACUAAUGCUGUCCUGGGGGAGCAGACGUACUUCCCCAUCAUCUUCAGUCAGUAUGACCCUAAAGUAGUAUAUGCUGGGAAGGUCCCCAGCAACAACCACUACGUCUUCACCUCUAAAACAGGCCUGUGGAGGAACUACGGAUUUGGGAUUGUCUGUGUAUACAAGAGAGACCUGGUUCGAGCUGGAGGGUUUGACACUUCCAUACAGGGCUGGGGAUUAGAGGAUGUAGAUCUUUAUAAUAAAUUUGUCCAGUCAGGGAUUAAGUUGUUUAGAAGCACAGACACAGGAAUAGUUCACGUUCAUCAUCCAGUCACAUGUGACCCCCACCUGGAUGUGAAGCAAUAUAAGAUGUGCCUGGGCUCCAGAGCUUCCUCGCAUGGCUCUACCCAGCAGUUGGCUGAGCUCUGGCUUGAGAAGAACAACCACGGCUUCAGGAGACUGGCCAGCAAUAAUGGAUUCCUCAAACAGAGGGCUGUGGGCCGUUUUGUACCAGCAGGUAAGGGGAGUCGACCGCCCGGUUGUUUAAAUCAGUUGGAAGCUGACCGACCGAGAGUGGCGAUCCGGUGGGUGGUCGAUUCCCUUCGCUACCUCCUCGGGUGCUCAUUCACCCUCUGCUCAGACCACAUCCUGCUGCAGCGGCUUCACUGCAUGAAGGAUGCCAACGCCCUGAUCACCUGGUGGUACCUGGUUUUGCAGAUGGUCCAAUUUCCUCUCCUUUUGGCGGGGCUGGAGGGGUAGGUUCGGCCGGAUGUAGCCCCGGCCUUUUUUUCUUUCUUCAUUGUUUUAUAUUAUUAUUUUAUUUACAUUUGUUUUUAUUGUGAAGUAUUUUGUGAUUUUUAUUUAUGAAAAGUGUUAUAUAAAUAAAUUUUACUUACUACUUACCCAGUCGGCCAGUGGGGUGUGUGGCAGAGGUGUGAUCUCUUGCUCUGCUGCAGUGGAGGGGUGGUACGGUAAGCUCAUAGGGCGGUGCUGGGAUGUUGGAGGGGACAGUUUAUUAAAACAAAGCAAUGUCCUGAGUCAGGAAGGAGCGGUGUGUGGUGUGGGAAGGAGCUGGAAAGCUGGCUUCCCAAUUGAACAUAAGGAGCUGAAGCAGUGGAAAACGCUGUGUUUCAAAAUAAAGGUGCUAUGAGUGACA